AUGGAGAUGGACAACAACCUCCUUACGGCAAUGGUGGAAAGGUGGAGAAAAGAAACGCACACAUUCCACCUUCUAGAGGGAGAGAUGAUGAUUACGUUGAAGGACGUGGCCAUGCUGACAGAGUUUCCAAUCAAUGGUGAUGUCAUAAUAGAGAGUUCACAGAAUCCAUUGAAUGGUUGGGGCAAAUUAAUUAAUAAGCAAGCAUUUAGGCAUCAACAUCCCCAAGGAAGCACCACAAGGUCGUCGUGUACCACCUCUACACGAGUUUAUGUUAUUGAUCCCUUGGCUAGUGAGGACCGUUGGUUCGUUACCGGAGGAUGCCACAGAUGCUCAGAUAGAGAGGUAUGCUCGCAACGAACAUGA